AUGGUAGUGAGAGGGAAAGGUGAAGAAGAGAACGAGAUCGAGGAGAACAGAGCAACGGCGAUGCCCAAGCGUUUUCGAGCGAGGGAAGGAGUGGAAGCAGAACAACCGGGGGCCCCUUAA